CCGGCGGGGGCAGCCCGGCCGCUGCCUACCGGGCCGCCCCACCUCCUCCGCAUCCUCCGCCUCCCCCCUGCGGCGGGAUUGCCUGUCACGGGGAGCCCGCGAAGUUUUACGGAUACGAUAACUUACAGAGACAGCCGAUUUUUACGACCCAGCAAGAGGCCGAGCUGGUACAAUAUCCUGACUGUAAAUCGUCCAGUGGUAAUAUUGGCGAGGACCCAGACCACUUAAAUCAGAGCGCGUCUCCUUCUCAAAUGUUUCCCUGGAUGAGACCACAAGCAGCUCCUGGUAGACGAAGAGGAAGACAAACCUACAGUCGCUUCCAAACCCUAGAGCUGGAAAAGGAAUUCCUUUUUAACCCUUAUCUGACCAGAAAGAGAAGAAUCGAGGUUUCCCACGCCCUAGCCCUCACCGAGAGACAGGUAAAAAUCUGGUUCCAGAACAGGAGGAUGAAAUGGAAAAAGGAGAACAACAAGGACAAAUUUCCCGUUUCCCGGCAGGAGGUGAAGGACGGGGAAGCCAAGAAGGAAGUUCAAGAGCUGGAGGAAGACAGAGCUGAAGGCCCUGCGAAUUAACUUCUAUCUUAAAAGUUUUACCACAGACAGUUAAAACUAAUGAUCUACAUAUGCUGGUGGACACCAUCUUUUUUUUUUUUUUUUUUUGGAAGGACCCUACCUGUGUUUCAAGCUACCUUAUGUCACUGCUCUUGAGGUUUCUAUGCUUUGAGAGGGAUUUGGGUGUUUAAAAAAAGUUUCUGGUAUGGCACAGAAGCAGUCUUUGCGCUGUCCCAUGAUAGGGUAAUUUGAUACUGACCUUGUAGCUAUAUUUUUAUAAUGGUAGUUUUUAAUGUCUGAGCUGGUGAUUUGCCUCAACAACGUAAACUUCCUAAUGAUUAGCACUAAAUAAUUGAAUAUAAAAUGCUUUAUUAAUCAAACAAGUGCACUUGAACAGUUUAAAUCUUUUCUUUAUGGUGAGUAAAUUAAAAGAAGUCUAUUAAUUUUUUUAAAAAAAUUAUGCCUGCAGAAUAUUUACUUUAUUAUUUGAUUAAAAUGUAUUAUUUAUGGUUUUUCUUUUAUCUUUUAUAAUGAAUGGUUUGGGUGUCUUUUGUUUACUCCUAAAGGGUUUCUUAUUUUGCAAAUGUCAUAUGUCAGGGAAAUGUCUGGGCCAAAUAUUCAAAAAGCACAUGUUAGCUGAGGAGUGUAAUGUAUAGUCCAGGCUCUGUAGCUUCCAUAAACUGCAAGAAAGUGUUGGGCCAGUGACAAGUUUCAGGACAAUGUCAAAGUUGACAUUUAAUCAUUGUAUAUUAUGGCAAUUAAAUAAUCUAGAGUGAAUAAUACUUGAAAAACCAAUUACAAGAUUUUCAGUUUUUACUUUAGCAAGUUGUCUUGCUUUCAUUUUGAAUCUCGCUUGUAAUCGCCUGAAAAUCGCUAGGUUUCUGCGCCAGGGUUGUCAUUGUGAUUUUUUGGUAGGUGCCAUAUUUAUUUGUAUUUCUGCGCUCUGUUCACUUGCUCUGUUCGCAUGUUCCUUUCAAGCCAACUUGCUGUGUGCAUUUCAGAUGUCGGUUGGUACGUCCUCUGCUCUUCUUCAGGAAAGAUACGGCCUCACAUAUUUGAAAUAAGCCCUGAGAGCAAACGCAGAAAUCUCCGAGUGUAAACAGCCGCUCCAGAACAUAACUAGCUCCUCAAUAAAGAACUGAAUCUCUUUCUAGA